CACACUCACUCACAGUCACACACACGCCUCUAGGUUAAUGUAGGCUACUGCUCAGGAUGUUGCAGCCGCAGCAGCCCAUCACAGGCAACGGGCCCAGCGCAAGCCGCGGUCUCGGGUUGAGCGUCCACCCGGGAAUGCAUCCUCUUAACCCGGUGCACCCGUCCUCACAACACCGCCCCGAUGGAGACCCCGCGGGCCUCGAAGGCAGCGAAAACGGACACGACAACCGCCGAGACAUUGGAGAUAUACUACAACAGAUCAUGACGAUCACCGACCAAAGUUUAGACGAAGCUCAAGCAAAAAAACACGCUUUAAACUGUCAUCGGAUGAAACCGGCUUUAUUCAGCGUCCUGUGUGAAAUUAAAGAGAAAACUGGUCUUUCCAUGAGAAAUGCUCAGGAGGAGGAGCCUCCAGACCCACAGCUCGUGCGAUUGGACAACAUGCUUCUGGCCGAAGGUGUGGCCGGGCCAGAAAAAGGGGGCGGAGCCGCCGCUGCGGUUUCCGCGGCGACCAGCUCUGGCGGGAUGUCACCUGACAGCUCAUUGGAGCACUCCGACUAUAAAAGCAAGUUGAGCCAAAUUCGGAACAUUUACCACACAGAGCUGGAAAAAUACGAGCAGGCCUGCAGUGAGUUCACGACCCACGUGAUGAACCUGCUGAGGGAGCAGUCUCGCACCCGGCCCGUGUCUCCGCGCGAGAUCGAGCGCAUGGUGAACAUCAUCCACCGCAAGUUCAGCUCCAUCCAGACGCAGCUCAAGCAGAGCACCUGCGAGGCCGUCAUGAUCCUGCGCUCGCGCUUUCUGGACGCCAGACGUAAGCGGCGUAACUUUAGUAAACAGGCCACGGAGGUGCUGAACGAGUACUUCUAUUCCCAUCUCUCCAACCCUUACCCGAGCGAGGAGGCCAAAGAGGAGCUGGCCAAGACCUGCAGCAUCACCGUGUCUCAGGUGUCCAACUGGUUUGGCAACAAGAGGAUUCGCUAUAAGAAGAACAUUGGGAAGUUCCAGGAAGAGGCCAAUCUGUACGCCAUGAAGACGGCUUUAGGAGCGACACAGAGCGAGGAGUCACCACACACCCCAAACUCCACUGGCUCAGGGUCGUUCUCGCUGUCAGGGUCAGCUGACUGCUUCCUAGGAGUUCCUCCAAUGAACGGAGAGCAGCCUCCGUAUCACAUGGGCGCUCAGGACGCUCAAUCACGCUUCUCAGAGAGACUCUAUAGUACCAGAGAGAGCCGGACUAACGGGAGCUGGCAGGAGCCGAACACGCCGCCGUCCGCCGCUUCACCCGGGAGCGAUCACUCCGACAACUCCGACUGAGGAGCCGCUCGCUCCACACGACGGCGGUUUUAGCCUGUUUUUUUUUUUUUUUUUACUUUUAUUUUUAUUGGACUUCACAUUGAGCCUCAUUCAUGAAACACAAGCAUAGCUUUUCAGUGUAGAUCAUUCAUAAAACUAUUCUAACGGAAAUUGUCGUGUUACCGUACAUUCAAUGCAAUAAUUUACAGAAGAAUGAGCCUCGUUUGUUAAACAUGAGUAGAGUGAAUUUCUAUGUCCUAAAUUCGGUCUAAACGCUCUCAAAACCACAUGAGAUAUAGAUAUACAUACACACACACAUUAGUGGCCAAAAUGAUGUCCGAACUAGAAAAAUUUACAUUUUCACCCUUUAUUUAAAUAUAGAAGCAUAUUGUGUAGUUGUACUUGGAGUCGGAUGUUUUAUUUGUGAUGAUGACACAAUGAAUGAAUCAUGAAAACUUGUGCCGACGACAUUAUGUUUGUCCUGGGCCGGGUUUCCCGAUAACGAUGUAUCUUAAGAGCGCUCUCUACGUGCAAGGUUACGAACGCUCGCAGCAAUUCCACG